CUUCAAAACCCUAGCCGACUCUAUCCCUCCUCUCCAUUCACGCCUCCCACCGCCGCCGCCGCCGCUUCGGUCCGCAUCGCCUCCUCGCCGCGGCCACGAACGACUCGGGACGUCGCGCGCGGAGGAUUCGAGGUUUAUGUAAGGGAAGAUGGCGCUAGAAAUCUCCAUGGAAGGCAUCGAAGCGCGGGCGCGGGAGCUCGGGGUGGACCUCUCCGCCGUCGAUCUCGACUACAUCACCCUCCCCGCCGGCGAGGACUUCGGCAUCCCCAGUGAUGAUGAGGACUUACUUCGAGAUGAUGAUCCUAUGGAGCUUGAGAUGGGAUUUGCUAAUGUUGUUGUUGUGGACAACCUUCCAGUUGUUCCACCUGAGAAGUUUGAGAAGUUGGAGAAUGUCAUACGCAAGAUCUACAGUCAAAUUGGUGCGAUCAAAGAAGGUGGUCUCUGGAUGCCUGUAAACCCAGAGACAAAGAAGACGUAUGGUUAUUGCUUCAUAGAGUAUAAUACCCCACAGGAAGCAGAGCUUGCUAGGGAAAAGACAAAUGGGUACAAACUCGACAAGUCGCACAUCUUUGCAGUUAACAUGUUUGAUGACUUUGACAAAUACAUGAAAGUUCCAGAUGAAUGGAUGCCUGCUGAAAUUAAGCCAUACACUCCUGGAGAAAACUUGCAAAAAUGGCUAGCUGACGAGAAGGCCCGGGACCAAUUUGUUAUCCGUGCUGGUACAUUGACUGAAGUGUACUGGAAUGAUGCAAGGCAAAAGAUGCCUGAACUUGUGUUCCAAAAGCAGUACUGGACAGACAGUUUUAUUCAGUGGUCCCCUCUUGGAACAUACUUGGCAACAGUGCAUAGGCAGGGUUCCCAGGUGUGGGGUGGCGACGAUAAGUUUGAUCGUCUAAUGCGCUUUGCUCAUCCACAGGUGAAACUGAUUGACUUCUCACCUGGUGAGAAAUAUUUGGUCACAUAUAGUAGCCAGGAGCCCAGCAACCCUAGGGACACUCAUAGGGUCGUUCUUAAUAUCUUUGAUGUGAGGACUGGCAAAGUGAUGCGGGACUUUAAAGGAAGUGCUGAUGAAUUUACUACCAGUGGAAAUAUUAGUGUUUCUGGUGUUUCAUGGCCUAUUUUCAGAUGGGGAGGUGGAAAAGACGAUAAAUAUUUUGCAAGGCUAGGGAAGAAUGUUAUAUCUGUCUACGAAACUGAUACGUUCUCCCUUCUUGAUAAGAAAUCUCUGAAGGUUGAGAAUGUUGUUGACUUCUGCUGGUCUCCAACUGAUCCAAUCAUAGCCCUUUUUGUCCCUGAAUUAGGAGGAGGAAACCAACCUGCGAGGGUGAGCCUUGUGCAAAUUCCUGGCAAAGAGGAGCUGCGGCAGAAAAACCUUUUCAGUGUCAGUGAUUGCAAGAUGUAUUGGCAGAACAGUGGAGAGUACCUUGCUGUCCAGGUUGAUAGAUACACAAAAACAAAGAAGAGCACUUACACUGGGUUUGAGCUGUUUAGAAUUAAGGAAAGGGACAUACCCAUUGAGGUUCUUGAAUUGGACAACAAGAAUGAUAAAAUCAUUGCCUUCGCAUGGGAGCCCAAAGGUCACCGCUUCGCUAUUAUUCACGGUGAUGGCCCCAAGCCUGAUAUAAGCUUCUACUCCAUGCGGACAUCCAACAACAUCAGUCGUGUGUCCAAGCUCACCACUCUGAAGUCCAAGCAGGCUAAUGCAUUGUUCUGGUCUCCUGGUGGAAGAUUCAUUGUUUUUGCUGGGCUGAAGGGCUUUAAUGGUCAGCUGGAAUUUUACAAUGUUGAUGAGCUUGAGACCAUGGCAACGGGUGAACAUUUCAUGGCUACUGACAUUAUGUGGGAUCCUACUGGAAGAUACCUUGCAUCUGCCGUUACCUCAGUCCAUGAAAUGGAGAAUGGUUUCCAAAUAUGGUCUUUCAGUGGCAAGCAACUUUACAAGGUGUCAAAGGAUCACUUCUAUCAGUUCAUGUGGCGCCCGAGACCACCGUCGCUGCUGACUGCUGAAAAGGAAGAGGAGAUCUCGAAGAACCUGAGGAAGUACAGCAAGAAGUACGAGCAGGAGGACCAGGAUGCCUUCAAUAUGCUGAGCGAGCAGGAGCGUAAGAGGAGGAAGCAGCUUCAGGAGGAAUGGGAAGGAUGGGUUGCUAAGUGGAAGCGGCUGCACGAGGAAGAGAGACCAUACAGGAUGGAGCUUAGAGACGGGGAGGCCAGUGAUGACGAGGAAGAGUACGACACCAAGGAAGUUGAGGUGGAAGAGAUCGUGGACGUCCAUGAAGAAGAAGUUCCAUUCGAGUUGGAUCAGUAGUGAAAAAGCUUGUGCUAGUUUCUGCUGAGAUCCUUUUCUGCUGUCUCGUGUUAAAUUAAUUAAUUUCCGACCCCCUGUUGCAUAAUAGGCAUUGGAGAUCAAGCGCACAAUCUUGAUCUACUCGUUUUGAUUGUACACUUGCAUUUCAGUUUUACGUACCAUGUGUUCGAAGAUGAAAUUUUGCGGUUGGAAUACUAAGUUU